AUGGCACAAUCUGGUCCAUUAGCUUGGACAUGUGUAGAACAAAUUCUUUUGAGAGAAACCAUUCUCGUCACACCGUCAUUUCCUUGGGUCACAAACCCAUUUGUACCUCGACCAACUGAAGCGACAAUGUGCAAACUCUGGGCUAUUGAGCUUGCAGGACUAAUCAGCGAAAUGGAAGUUGGCGAGUACAGUUCAUUUGCUUCGUCGCAAAAAAAAGUAUUUGAAAGUUUGGCUACUCGAGUUUCUUUAAGCUAUCCAACCUACUCGAAAAAGCAUAGCAAAGUUUUUGUUUUAUGCAUGCCUCCUUCCUGCCUUGCGUGGAAAUAUUUGUGGACAAUGCUAAAUGCAAUGACAAGUUUCGUCGAACAUGCUCCAAACUUUUAUGGCUUACUGUCCAUACAAGCAUUUCUUGGUGGUCAAACAUCACCAACUCUAGGUAGCUCGAUCCGUCAAAUCCAUUUACACUCUCUGAAUUAUUCGCUCUUGGCAUUCACAAACAAAAUAUAUCCCCAUUUGCCAAUCCUUCCUUCUUACUCUUCCAGACCGAUCCAACCAACCAAGGCCCGAAAGGUAACUACUAGUCAAGCGCGACGUUUACCAAAGAAAUCAAAACACGUUACUCCAUCCAGGUUUGUAUCAUUUAGAGUAGGCGUCACUGGCGAAGAAUCCCUUACUAUUGCCCAUGCAGAGGGUGGAAGCACUGCUAUUCAGAGUCAAUAA